GCCAGAGAAUGUUUUCACUGUGCGUUUGAAAAUUAUCGUAUUGUUGUUUUGAUGCAAUGGUCGGGCAUUUACAGUUGAUAGGCAUCUAUUAGAUUGGCGAGAAGAAAACACAAAAUAACAACGUUCAAAAUGAGCCGAAGUGUCCUAAGAUAUUUUAGAAAGCCAAGUAAAGUUGAAGGGGUAAAAGGAUAUUGUACGGAGGAUGGCAUUAUUAAACUUGAGUGGAACAUAAAUAGAAAUGCGAAACAUGGGUACGUUAUCGGAGUGUUUUCAAAUAAUGAACUCAUAAAAAGAAAUACAACCGUUCAUCAAUAUAUACUUGCUGAUCCAAAGCCUGACACACGAUACACAUUUUGGGUGAAAGCUCGUAACGAAUAUGGAAAUGGCAACAAGUCCGACCUGUGUAUUGUACAUUCAGGCCCACGACAAGUUCAAAAUAUAACGUACAAAGCUGUGGAAGGAAAGUAUUUCAUCGUGUGGGACGAUCUACCAGGAAAUGAAUCUGUUUAUUACAAUGUGAGGGUAAUUUGUGGCAUAGAUGAAGUAUUGACGGGGACAACAGACAGCAAGUAUGAAUGUAUCGGAGCAUGCACUAAUACAGAAAUUACGGUGGAAAUACAUGGUGUAGUCAAUGGUCUUCAUGGAAAAAAGAAAGCAUCAACUUUUGUUCUGAAAGGUCCGGGACAAAUUAAAAAUCCGGUAGCCACAGCGAAAGAUGCACAAAUUAUUUUAAAUUGGGAUCAACUUCAACAUUUUGAAGGAACAUACAAGAUAGAAAAGAAGAGGAGUAGUAAUCAGUGGUCAAUACUUGGCUCAUGCGGUGAAAAUCAGUUUAUAGUAUCCGAUAUUCAAACCUCAACCAAAUAUAUUUUCAGAAUUAGGGGAGAAAAUAAAUGGGGAACUGGAGAACACGCAACAUUCGAACCUGUGAUAACAGGUCCAAAAAAAGUUACUGGUGUCAUCGCAAAAAAGGCGAAUGGUAAUAUUACUGCGGAAUGGCAACCUGUUGUGGAUAAAUACAGUAUAAGAUAUAAGGUCGCGGCUGUAUGCGAUAAUGGUAGAACAACAUCAGAUUGGAUCGAAAACACAAUUUGGAAGUUUGAAAAUCCUCUCCCCGCUACGCAUUAUCACUUUGAAGUAAUCGCUAACAAUGGAUACAAUUCUGGAGUCGGCGCGUGUUCAAGAAAAAUUUUCACAGAUCCGAGUGCACCAAGGAAUAUAAAGAUAGAACGUUGUCGACGAGAUAUUUCGGUCACAUGGGAUGGUAACAAAGAUGGUGGGAUUGCAACAUAUCGCCUAGUUGUAAUGAAAUGUCAGCAAGAGGAAGAAGUCAUAAGCACAAGAAUAUCCGCACAUAGAUUUGACAAUUUAAUAAAAUCUACGGAAUACAGUUUCAAAGUGUGUGCUGUUAUCAAUGAACAAUACAGUAAAUACACAGAAUCUGAGACAAUUUUUAUUGCUCCAACACAAGUUCGAAAUGUUGUCGCUGGUGUUUGGGAAGAUAAAAUUUGUAUAACUUGGGAAGAAGACAAAGAAGAUGAGGUGGAAUAUAGAAUUAAAACUUUUAAAAACGGAAAACCACGUGGGGAAGUAACAGUUCGCGAUCACUCCCCGUAUAGAAUGGCAUAUCAAUCAAAGUCCAGUACAUACAAAUUCAAAGUUUGGGCCCGAAACAAACACAAAAUAGACGGAGAGCAUAGCAUAUCUAACAAUGUUGCAAUAGAUGACAAUGGAAACGGGGACCCCACUCUCCCCGACAAUCCUUUAGUUGCAAAUACUAGCGAAGAUGGGAACCCCGCCAAUUCAAGAACAGCUGUGACAACCGGGGGGAACGAAUCGCGUGAAUGUGUAGUGUGUAGGGAUCGAAGAAUAGAUACGACCUUCGUUCCAUGCGGACACCUAUACUGCUGUGAGGAAUGCUCAAAUUCGCUUAAUCACUGUCCAAUUUGCAGAGUUCGCAUUGAUGGAAAGAUUAAAACAUAUUCUUCAAGUUGAAGUAUCAAAUUUUAAUAUGGUCAACAAUGUUGUAGUGGAGUGCACCUUGCAGCUGUACGCUGUUGAAGAACAAUGGCCAACUUCUAGCAACUGCACAACCGGGGGCAACUAGAUCCGGAGGCAACUAGAUCCGGCGUCGAAUUAUGGCCAUCAGAGGCCGUAAGCACUUAAGACUUUG